CCGACGGCCACACGAACAAAGCAAGCAGAAUAUUAAAUAUAAACGAGCGUAAUAAAUUGUAUAAAAAACAUUCUUAGCACGGUGCAAACUUUUCUAAAAGAGCAAUAAUUAAAUUUACGCGAUGUGGCUAACAAAUAAAGAUUGCGGAAAUUAACCGUUGGGCAUUGCUCUGCGAGUUUUGUGUAAUGCAAAACAUACACAUACAAACCUACAUAUGUGAAGUUUCUGUGUCGUGGUCAAAAGAAACACAAAUCCGAUCCACACCUAUUUUUUUAAAUUUGUAAGAUACGGAUACCUUGCUUUUGUGUGAAAGAGUGAUAAGCACCUACACCUCUAAGCUGCUGCAAACUCCAAAGCAACUAAACUAACUGCAAUUUUUGCACAAGUUUUCAUAGCUAACAGCUACCGUCCAUAUAACGACAGAGUUCGAAAUGGCGACUAGCGAUGAUGAGCCCAUGCACUUGUACGAAGUGUUUCAGAAUUGCUUCAACAAGAUAGCGCAACAAAACCCUCCGGGCACAGUGGGCGCAGAUCGAGGGGGCGGCGGCGGAUAUCACUCACCGUAUGGAGGCCUUGCUGUUGAGAAUGGCAUGUAUCCAGGGGAUUUCAAUGCGAUACACGAUGCCAAUGGCAGCAGCAACAGUAACAACAAUAGAUUCGCCAAUGCCUCGACAGUCGAUCAGUAUUUCGAUACUGGAGCCAAUAGUAGCACCGGCUGGUAUCAAGCCCAGAUGCACAGCAGCGGCAACAACUAUAUGGGCCAGGCUACCGGCUAUCAAAGCAACACGCCGCUCUCAGCGCACAGCUUGGACCAUCAGCAACAGCAGCAGGUACACAGCUCGGAGGGGGGACUCACGGGACUGCAGCUUGGUGGCGAGAGUGGGCACAUGAGCAUGCACAGUCCAGUGGCUACGUCGUUACCGCCGAUGAGCUCGUUUCGCGGCGCCGGCAGCAUACCAAACAUUGGUGGCCCACCGGUGGCGGCGGUGCAUUCGCCGGCUGUUUAUAAUUCACCGCAGUCGCAUAACCAGGGCACAGUGCAAGCACAACACGGAGCACUCAGCCAUCAUUCCCUUAAUCAUACCCCGCUACCUCAUGGACAUUCCCAUCACAAUCAGCAGCUGAGUCCUGCAGUGCAGACCGCGGAUGGCUUUGGUGGCAUUGUGGGAGCUGGUGGUGCAGGUGGAGUUGCCGUUGCAGGUGCGAACGCAAAAGUGGCUGGAGCUGGUAAUUCUUCGGCAGCGUCCUUGCGUCAGCAAAUCUACAUGUCCGCCGCAGCGGCCGAUCAGAGUAUUAGUAGCUUCAGUUCAAAUCCAUCAACGCCUGUCAAUUCACCGCCGCCCUUGACCCAAUCCGGUGUGGUUGGCGACUCGGCGACAGCAGCGGGCAAUGCUGGCUGGAGCCAUCACAGUGUGCUAAACGGUGGUGGUCCUGGUGGUUCAAGCUAUGUAAGUGAUAUGCCUGUCUCCAGUCUGCACACAAUGGCCUCUGUAUUUCAGGGUGCACGCAUGGAGGAGCGCCUGGAUGAUGCACUCAACGUGCUGAGAAAUCACUGCGAGCCAGAGAUCCUUGCCAAUGUGAAUCCCUCGCUGAACUCAUUGAACAAUAACGAAACGCUAGCUUCCUUUGUUGCCAAUUCGCCAGCGUCACAUUUGAUGGGCGGCAGUUCGAGCAUCAAUGGAGCACUUGUGGCAAAUUCAGCAAGUGGACUUAGUCACGAGUCGCUUGGCCUGGCCGCUGCUGCGGGUGCUGGCGCAUCCGCUGUGCCAAACAUUAAGAUCGAGCGCAAUGCAGCGACGUCUGCAACGAAGCCAAAUAAGAAGCGAAAAGAGCAGACAGCUAUUAGCAAUGUGACGCAUGCAGGCGUCUCAACCACAUCCAAUCUUGCCAAUCUGGAGCUGUCGGACAGUAAACCGACCAGUUCUGUGGAGACGUCGAAUUCCUCGCAGCUAAACCUGUCUCAAGGUGCCAAGGGCGCAAAGCGGCCGCGACGCUAUUGCUCCUCGGCGGAGGAUGAUGAUGAUGCGGAGCCCGCUGUCAAAGCGGUACGUGAGAAGGAACGGCGUCAGGCGAACAAUGCUCGGGAACGCAUACGCAUACGUGAUAUUAAUGAGGCUUUGAAGGAACUGGGGCGCAUGUGUAUGACACACCUGAAGUCCGAUAAACCUCAGACAAAGCUGGGCAUACUUAACAUGGCAGUUGAGGUCAUAAUGACGCUGGAGCAACAAGUGCGCGAGCGCAAUCUGAAUCCUAAGGCAGCGUGCUUAAAGCGACGCGAAGAGGAGAAAGCCGAGGAUGGACCCAAGCUAAGCGCCCAACAUCAUAUGGUACCGCAACCAAACGUGAGCGUCAACAGUUACCACAGCCAACAGCCUUCACAACUUGUGCCAGCUGCAGCCCAACAAGCCAUAAACGCCAUGACGUUGCCAACCAAUCAGGCCAGCAAUGUCUUGCCACCGCACUUGCAACAGCAGCAGCAACAUCAACAGCAGCAGCAGCAACAGCAGGUGGGACAGCAUCCACAAUAGCAUGCAGCGAGUAUCAUUGGCCUGAAGACGGCAUCAUCUUCCAUAGCAACUCAAUUGAUCCAAGACUCCACAAAGUACUCAUCGACCUUUGAUUUAGAGCAACAGCUCUUAAGCAAUUUUUUGCGACGUUGUCAACAGCAGCCGCCCCCGCCACCGCCCCCUCCUGCCGAAGCAAUACCGCCUCUGCAGCACAUACAUCAUCCGUUUUAACCUAUUUUACCGGUUAUUAUUAUCAUCAAUUAUUAUUAUUAUUUUAGCUAUAAACUAUGAUUUCGAUCAUCAAGCAUAUGCCAGCCCAUUUAUACAGUUUUGAUCAAUUGUAUAUAGUUGUUUAUUUUUUUAAAAUAUGUUUGACGGAUCAAUAUAGCGUAGGCUUAUCAUUAUUAUUAUUAUAAUUUUUAACUACAUGAUAAAUUCAUAAAUAAUUUUUGUGGGAUAUACAAAAGAUUUCGUGCGUUGUCACAGUAGCCAUAUUUUUAAAAACUUUCACAACAUACAUAAUUCUAUAUUAUAUAUAAGUAGGUUUAUUUAAAACAAAACA